AUGUUGCGGGAAGAUAACACGGGAGCGGAGUUGAUACUCCCCCGAGCGGCGCAGUGGGAACUCCCGCCUGCAUCCCGACGUGGACGCCGCACCAAACUCACACUCUCCCGUCGCCGUUUGUUGGAUGGGAUCGGACAGCCUGGAGAGCAGAAUGGACAGGCUGUCGCCCGCCCGCCCCAUAUUCGUCUCGUCGCGGCCCGUUCCGUCCCGUCCGAGUCAGUCUCUUCUUCUACAUACGCGGUCAGCACCCGCCAGCCAGCCAGCGAGCCAGCCACCACCUCCACCACCUGCGAUAGCGAGGACAGCUGGGCAGCGGGAGCCAGACAGCGGAGACAAAAACGAGACGACGAAGGUCAGACUACUGCUGUAACUCGUAAGUACAGAAGUCGUUUACCCGGUAUCCCAACGUGGCCCGGCCGCGAUGUUACACUGCCGCACAACCGGUUAAGACUUUUACGCAGUUGCAGCGCAGGGCCGGGGGACGGGGGACCUUCAACGAAGCGCGAGGCUGAUGACUGGAUGGAAAGCGCCGAGUGGACGGGAGGUAUAAACCCGCUGCUGGCUCCGGACGAGGCCGCUGUGCUCUUUUGCGAAGGGCAUCUCCAGAGCUAUUCGACUUAG